AUGAAGUCUCGAUUGGCGGAUAUCGAACCAUACCCAUCAGACACUGAUUCCCCGCCAGCAUACGAAGCUGCUGUAACUGGCGCGGGCACUCAGGUUGCACCUCCAAAAGCACAGCAGUCAAGCGGUGCAGUGACCCUGACCAUAAAUGGCAAAUAUAUUUACUCAUCUGCCUCCCCUGGUGAGCAGCCAGUCUAUAGUCUCACCCACGCUCUAGACGGCCACGAGAUAAGCCAAUAUGGGGUCCUGUUAACACGUAUCGAACAACGGACGGUGUCUUCAGCUUCGCAAAGCGGGCCAACCACCAAGACGGUGAAACGCGAUGUUUUUGCGCUUCGUGAUGCGCCGCUCCUUCACAUAGGUCACGCGCGUUACGAGAUAGAUGGCCGGCGAUAUUUUUCCGAUAAACGAGGUCAGAUGAGUAGGAGUUCCUACGGCAUCAGAUCGGGGUGGGCUGCUUGGGGCAAGGGGCUGCCAUCUUUCGUUCUUGAGCGAUCCGAGAGCGGUAAUGCUAGCACGGCCGGUGAGACAACUGGUUCGUCGUUCUACGAAUGGCGUGAGAAGGAAAAUGGUCCGUUAAUUGCGAUGGAAACGCGAAGACGAUGGGACAUGGACAGUAAAACGGAGAUAUCCCCGCCCAAGCUGGAUUUGAUAAAGAGUUGGAAUGAUUUCGAUAGAGAGUAUUUGGAUUUUAUGGUUGCUGCUUGGUGCAUGCACAAUUGGCGAGAGGCCAAAGAGGUCACAAAAGAGCCCAUAACUUGGGAUGAACGUGAGUCGUAUCAGUAUCUUCCUCUGCAAUGGGGGUAUCGUUAUCUUGAAUGCGUAUAA